AUCCUCAUCAUUAUCAUCAUUAUCAGAAUCUGCCAAUUCAAACAAGACAACAUAGAGGUUGAUGUUGCUUCAUUAGAUUGCUACCUGUCAGAAAGAAACCUGCAGAAGAUGACUUCAUUUGAGCUGAUCGGCUGAAAGCAGCAUGAGAUAACUGCUGAUUCAAGCUAUUUUCGCUUGCUGCUCCAAGAAGAUGUUCUUGUGUGUGAGCUGACUGACGGGGUAGUGGUCUCAGUGGUGAUCUAGCAGGAGACGUUCCCACCAGCAGACACCACCAAGAGAGAUGGCUCGCCCGGGAUCGGGGCUCCUGGUGCCCAUGAACGGAGUGGGGUACCCACCUCAGAACCUGGCCCGGGUGGUGGUCUGGGAGUGGAUGAAUGAACACGGGCGCUGGAGGCCGUACAGUGCGGCAGUGUGCCACCACAUCGAGAACGUACUGAAGGGGGAUGCCAGGGGAAGCGUGGUUCUGGGGCAGGUGGAUGCCCAGCUCUCCCCUUACAUCAUCGACCUCCAGUCCAUGCACCAGUUUCGACAGGACACAGGCACCAUGAGGCCUGUGCAGAGGAACUUUUACGACCCGUCAUCAGCCCCAGGGAAAGGUGUGGUUUGGGAGUGGGAGAACGACAAUGGCUCAUGGACACCGUAUGACAUGGAGAUCUGUGUGACCAUCCAGAACGCCUAUGAGAAGCAGCACCCUUGGCUGGACCUGACCUCUUUGGGCUUCUGCUACCUCAUCGAUUUCAAUAGCAUGUGCCAGACCAACCGGCAGAGUCAGCGCAAGCGGCGCCUUCGUAGACGAAUGGACCUUGCGUACCCACUCAUCAUGGGCUCCAUUCCCAAGUCCCAGUCAUGGCCUGUGGGCGCAAGCUCUGGUCAACCUUGUUCAUGCCAGCAGUGCAUCUUGGUGAACAGUACAAGAGCGGCCUCUAAUGCCAUUUUAGCCUCUCAGCGGCGAAAGCUCUAUGGAGGAACGACUGGCAACUCAGGCACCACGGGAACCCUUAGCGGAGUGCGGCAGAGCAACACCUUUGCUGGAACCUCCCUGUGGUCCCCAACGUCCGGCUCUUCAGGCACCAACCACAAUAACAUAAGUGUGGGAAAUGGGCAGCCUAAAGCUGAACAGGUGCAGUCGCCGCUUUCUGCCAACUUCCCCUGUUCUCCGGUAAUGCCAUCACUUUCAUCCUCCCACGGUCACCACGCGCUCACCAUCAAUGGACAGAACAAUCUGAACCGGCCAGGUACCCAGCGAAUUUCCAUGGGGACCACUCGAGGAGCCAUCCCACCCGGUGUUCCUGCUUUACCAGUGAAAAACCUGACUGGCUCUGGACCUGUGCAUCCAGCACUAGCAGGUAUGACAGGUAUCCUGAUGUGCGCUGCAGGUCUGCCGGUUUGCCUGACUCGAGCUCCAAAGCCUAUACUGCACCCGCCACCCAUCAACAAGAGCGACAUGAAGCCUGUGCCAGGGAUCAAUGGCAUGCGGCGCAAAACCAAGAAGAAGCAUCUGAAGAGAGGGAAAAACCCAGAAGAUGUGGUUCGAAGAUACACAGAAAAGAUCAAAGUCCUGCCAGAUGAGGACUGCACCAUCUGCAUGGAGAGGCUGGCGAUGUCGUCGGGCUAUGAAGGCGUCCUGCAGCACAAAGGCAUCAAGCCAGAGCUGGUGGGCAAACUUGGCAAAUGUGGUCACAUGUACCAUCUGCUGUGCCUGGUGGCCAUGUACAACAAUGGCAAUAAGGAUGGAAGUCUGCAGUGUCCAACAUGCAAAUCCAUCUAUGGGGAGAAAACAGGCACCCAGCCGCCUGGGAAGAUGGAGUAUCACGUCAUCCCUCACUCUCUGCCCGGCUACUCAGACUGCAAAACCAUCCGCAUCGUGUAUGACAUCCCCGCUGGGAUCCAGACAAAUGAGCACCCCAACCCGGGCAAGAAGUUCAGUGCCAGAGGCUUCCCUCGACACUGCUACCUCCCCGACAACGAGAAAGGCAGGAGGGUCCUAAAGCUGCUCAUCAUGGCUUGGGACCGGCGCCUUAUCUUCACCAUUGGCACAUCCAGCACCACAGGAGAGUCCGAUACGGUCGUGUGGAACGAGAUUCACCACAAGACAGAGUUUGGCUCCAACCUGACCGGCCACGGCUAUCCUGACCCCAAUUACUUGGACAAUGUCUUGACGGAGCUGUCGGCUCAGGGUGUGGGAGAAGACAAUCUGAAGGACUGAUGGCCAGCCAGACUUGCAACCAGCAACUAAGUCCAGCAUCCUUCAGUGAAUAGAGUGCAUGAUCAGCCACAACUCCUUAAUCACUAACAAGCUGAAACAUUCUUCAGAAGUGGCUGAAUGAGAGCAAUAGAAGCAGAAGCCAAUGGUUCUGAUUUGUGUUUGAUCUCCACCCAGCUGUCUCUUGAUCUAUGCCUUGAGUCCACGAUGAGCGCCCUCUCCUUCUGACAGGGAUGAGGAUGUGAGGGUCAUUUUAUACUCAUGUUGCAAGCUGCAUUUUGUGUCAUCUCCUUUUUAAAUGAAAACCUCUAAACAUUCAGCGUUGAAUAGUCAGGGUCCAGAUCAGACAUCAUUUAAAGGUGAAGCUCUUGAAUGCAUGAUCCCGACUAAUGCUGCAUUAUGGAUGAUGAGCAAAGUGCUUCGACAGGGUGAAGAGACAGAGGAUCAGUUGUUAGCAUAUGGGAUCAUUUUACUGUGACAUUUUUAUUUUACAAUUAAUAAUUGCCCUGUUACAAAUCCAACACCUACAAAAGUAUUCACACCCCUUUGUCUACUAGUAACAUCAAACUGAGUAUUUUUUUUCUUUCAGGCUUUUAUGUGAUGCACUCACUCAAAGAAGUCAGAGUUGGUUUAAUGGGAGAAAUAAAGGUUUUUAGGAUGUUUUUGAACAACUUAUUAACAACAGACAUUUUUUUGGGAAAUUCUAUAAAUCUCUGAGGUAUAUUUUUACCAACUUUACGCAUUGAGCAUCAGUCAAAUCAUUGAAAUACUUUUGUUGGCAGUUUUUCUUCAAUGGAUAUUACUCUGACUUUGACUAGGCCACCCUAACACAUUAAAAUACAGAUUUAUUGAAAGUCUUUAAGGCCUUUUUAAGUUUUUAUCCUAGAAAAAUCUCUGCCAUGAUCGUAUACAUUUUCUGUGGGGACUUUUUAUGGGGAAAUUUCAUACCCACAGCAUGAUGGGUAUCACCACCUUGUUUCCCUUUGCCGAUGCUGUGUUCAUGGUGAUGUAAAAGCAACACUUUGUAACUUUUGACCCAAGCAUUAGCUCCUUUAAGACAAAUUAGACAUGCAUCAGCGCACUUGGAGGGUAUUGAUGCAUGCUGCCAUUUUUAAAAACUCCCCCAUGUAAUAUGAGAGGGUAGGAUAUCUUGCCCAAUGAGUCAUGUGAUCCAGAGCACCGCUUUACAUGAGCCUGAGCUCCCUUUUAAGCUAAGCUGAAAGUUGCAACAAAACAUAUGACACUUACCUGAUCAAACAUAUCUUUGGUUCUCUGAUGAGAAUUUAUUUUGGACUGCUAAAUGUUGAUUUUACAAGUAACUCCGUUAGGGAUGCACGAUAUAAUCGGCCCCCUAUCGGUAUCAGCCUGUAUCGGCCUUAAAACUGAAUAUCGGACAUCAGCCACCCCACCGAUAUUUAACCCGAUAUUUGAUCAGCUUCUGAGUUUCU